AUGUCCUCCGGAGGCGCUCCAGAGGGCCACGAGCUGAUGAUCACCUACAGCUUGGACAUAUCGAAUCUCGCGCUGGGCUCAUUCAGCGCAUUGACACUACACCGUCCGACAUUCCCAGCUUCCCCGCUUCACGCGUGGCAGCGUUUUCAGCCUCGCGAAUACGAUCAGCUGCCAACAUCCGUGCAUCUUGCUGAUGGGGAACGACGCGAAGAGCAGCAUGCGCAGCAAUCGCUUCUGACAGAAGGAUACGCCCCUGUUGACAACAUCCCGACAGAGCUGCUGGUCCACGUGUUCCUCCUCGUCCGCGAUUCUACUACGACGCUCUCCUGGAUCAGCCUCACGCACGUCUGUCGACACUGGCGAAACGUCGCGCUAGGGACUCCUCUGCUGUGGGCAUCUAUCCCAGUGGGAAGAAGGCCUUCCUUCUUGCGCGCCUGUCUCGCGCGCUCGAGCGAUGUUCUGGUCGAUGUUAUCUUUCGCCAUUCACUCAGUCACAUCGACCGCCUGCUUGGCGAUCUACGUUCACACGCAGGUCGCGUACGAAUGCUGAAAGUCCUUCUACUUUCCAAUGACGCAGCAGAGCAACUGCUUCAGGACGUCGUUGCUCCGGCGCUUCGACUCGAGGACCUCUCUUUCCAGAGACAGACCCCAUCCCUUAACUCCACCAUCCCUCCGCUCGCACUCCCUGACCGUGACUGGUCUAGUCUUCGGAGACUGCAACUCAAAGGUAUCGCUCUACCCAAGCACGCGUCGCCCUUGAUGAGCCUCACCUCUUUGGUCUUGUCCAACGUAAUUGCCGGAGCGCGCGUAGCACUGGAAGAACUGCUGGACAAGUUGGGCAAUUGUCCACGCCUCGAGCAUCUCUCAAUAUCUGACAGUUGCCCGUCCGCACUGAAGGGCGACGACAACAAGGGUUCCACAAGGACACAUACGAUUCCCCUACAAACGCUUCAGACGCUGAAGCUGUCGAUGCAUGCUUCUGUCGCGUCCGAGAUACUCGCAUCCAUUUCUGUGCCCGCCCACACAGUCACCGAUAUCAAAUGUGUCUUGGAUCCGCGCCAACAUCCAUAA